GUAAUAAUGUAUCUUUAACAGUAUUCUUGAAUAUGUCUUUGCAAAUACAACAUUAGUGUUGAACUUGUAUCUACAAUGACUUGGGAGCGAUCUUGGCUGUCAAAGGGAUGCAGUCUUGUGCAAAAUGACACAUGUGUUGGGCUGGACAGUCCAAACCUGUUUUUUGGUGGACUGGAGGCGACAAUAACAAACCACCUGCGUGUCAGACCAGGACUUACGAUGGGCCAGAAAACAGCCCCUGGACUUGUGAUUCCAAUCUCUAGUGUGCGUUUUUUGAUGGCUGGAUGCAUCUCCGUGACAAAAAACAACAACAACAACACAAUCUUUCGUAGUUUCUGAUCAUUUUACGUUUUAACACUCAGACGAGGAAAACACAAUCUCAAUACGCUCAUGAGAAGAAACAGAUCUACACUGACUUGUUUUGAUCAGAACGGUCUUAGUAAUCUCGUACCUCCAAGACUCCCUUUUCCCAGGGACCCUCACUGAUGUGCUUCAGUCACAUGGAUGCGCCACGCUUGACACACAGGUGGCCCGUCUAGUUGUUUUUAAAAUCAAUGCUCCACUCAGCACAUUUUUUUAUUUUUUGUUAAAAUCAGAUACAAUUAUUCCACACAGCACGUGAUCCGUCGGUCUUGGAUCAGCAUAACCCCAUGAGAGCACGAUUUCAAAGGAUUGUUUAUCAGGGCUGCAGUUAUUUACCUUCGUUAGGAAGGCUGGGAAGUGUUUUAGAUGUUGACAGUACAAUUUGCAUAUUCUCUGCCUGUCUUUUGCAUUUAUGUAAAUUUUAAAUCUGAGAUAUGUUCAGUUUUAAGAGUGCAUCAAAGCCUUAAGCUCUCUUUUCCCUACAAAUGUUAAUGGUUAGGACAUCCUAAAGCAAACUUGUUUGUGAUCCGGUCCUGUCUUGCCAGGUGUGACAAACAGUUUUCAUCCCUGUUCUCUUGUUGAUGCGGCUUAUGGUGACAUGUUUGUUGGAAGGUGAUAUGGCGAGCGAUGGUUUUCUUAGUAGAUUUUUUUGAUCAUAUUGAUACGUUGUGACAGAAAAGCUGAUUCUUGGGAUCUCCGCUCUAGGCAGGAGGUUUUGGGUGAGAAAGCCUCUUCCUUAAAUCUACUUUUAGGUUUGCUGACACAACAUUCGUUCUCCCUCAAAAUAUUAACUGCGCUCCCUUUACUUGUUUUUAUUUCACAUCCUAUUUUCCCCUCUGAAUUAACAGAGGGGAAAAACAUGCACAAGAUUAAAAAGAAAUCACCAAAGAUCUGGCCCUAUGACUGUCUCGUUCGAGCCAGAGGAAAGACAAAGGCAGAGCAUGGUCUGGUGUGGCCCCCACUGUUGCUAUGUGUGAAGGAGUGCCGUGGCGUCAAUGGAGACCGAAGGCUAUCGUGAACUCCUGGAGACCAGUGAUGGUCAGGGGGUAGGCCUGCUGGAUGGAGGGGGCGAGGUGGGGGCAGAGGAGGGCUGGAGCACCCCCUACCCUCUGGGCUUCCAGGUAUCUUUGACCACUGUGCUGAUACUGGAGCUGGUGUUGGGUUUCAGCAGCAAUCUGACCGUGCUUGUGCUUUACUGCGCCCAGUCCAAUCUGGUGGAUUCAGUCAGCAAUCUUGUGACAGUCAACCUCCAUGUCCUGGAUAUACUGGUAUGUUUGCUAUGUCUGCCACUGACUGUCGCUGUGAUCUUGCUACCAGCCAAUGGAAGUGGAGUCAGCAGCCUUGCAACGCUGUGCUGCUUUCAUGAGGCCUGUGUCACAUUCACUAGCGUGGCUACAGCAGUCAAUGUGCUGGUGAUCAGUUUGGACAGAUACGACAUCUCAGUCCGUCCAGCCAGUCGCCUGCUGACCCCAAGGCGUGCAGCCCUGCUCCUUGCAGCAGUCUGGGCUGUGUCUCUUGCUGUUUUCUUCCUGCCUUUCCUUGAGGGGGACUUCUUCUCUUUGAGGGCUGAGGGAAGUGAGGACUUGGAAAGGCAGAAAAAUGAAUCUGAACUCUUCACUGGACUGAUGCCAUUUUUUUCCUCCCUCUCCCCCUCAUCUUUACCAUCAACUGAUCCUCCCUCCCCCUCACACCACCUGCCGCCAGUAUGGCAGAACAGGACACUGCUGUGUGUAGGCGGGCAGGGGUAUUACACAGGUCUGGCUAUGUAUUACCACUUGUUACUCCAAGUGCCAUGCUUUUUAAUCUCCGUAGUCGUCAUGUUAUUCACCUACUCCAGGAUCCUUCAGGCCCUCAACAUUCGCAUUGGCUCUCACAUGGUGAGAGGUACACGUAACAAGGACUCCACCUGCAGGAUACGCUGCAGGAGGCAGAGGAAGAAGGAAUUGAGCCUACCAACAGAGGUAGUAUCCUCCAACCAGAAUCAGAACCUCAGUCAUCCUCCUCUCAUCCCCUCACCCACCCCUACACCGACAUCACCCCCAGCAAUCUCCUCCAUGCCCCAGGGCAUGUCUGACAGUGGAGCAACAGUAACUACUGUCAGUACUGCUGCCACCACCCCCAUCGCCACCACACCAGCCACUCCUGCUUCUCCGACUCCAGCUUCAGUCUCAACCCAGACCCAAACCACCACCCCACUGCCAGCCUCCUCCAUGGGUGUACAGGCCUCAGUUUCUGCAAUCAUCGCCUUGAGGAGGGCAGUGCGUAGGCACAGGGACCGUCGAGAACGUCAACGUCGUGUCCUCAAAAUGUCCCUACUCAUCAUAUCCACCUUUAUGGGCUGCUGGGCUCCUCUGUCUGCAGUCAAUAUUCUGAUUCUGUGUCUGGGUCCCAGCGAUGGCCUGGUGCGGAUACGCCUCUGUUUCUUGGCAAUGGCUUAUGGAACCACUAUUUUCCAUCCUCUGCUCUACGCCUUCACCAGGCAAAAGCUGCGCCGUGCCCUCAAAACACGAGUAAAGAAAAGGGUAGUGUCCCUACUUCAGGUGGACCCAGCUCCAAGUGGGGGCACAGUUAUUCAUAACUCUUGGGUGGAGGGGGGAGCUCAGAGGAAGACUCGCAAGCCACGGGUGGAAGCUAGUGAUGGCACUGAUCGAUGCCUCACAGAGGCAGUGAGGGAAUGAGGCUGGUCUUGGUUGGUGUGUGGUUGUGAGUCUGAAUAUGAAGAAUUGAAUGCAUCCUACCAAUUUGCUAGAGAAGGAUUGUGUGUAUAUUAAUGCGAGAAAAAUUAGUUCCAGGUAGUUUACAAAGGUCUGAACAAAUCCAAUGACCUAUGGUUCCAUUCAUAUGCAGGGACAGGUGAGUCCUGAGCUCUCAUUAGAGCCCUCUUUCAGCUCUCCUUUCACAUGCCCUCAUUAGUCUACACCUGACUGACAAGGUGGCCACUGUGUCUCCAUAGCAACUCUGGACAACACCUUAGCCAUGGCUACUGAAAAUACUAGUGAACACCCCAUAUGCAGGAUAAGGGUUAUAUAACAGCAAACCGACAAACUAUUGCUCCUUUGUGAACUUUCAACUUGCAUGUGCAUGUAGUAUAUGCACAGACAGAUAGGCAGACAUACACACUUAUACAUAUACACAUACACACACUUACUGCACACUGAUCUAUAUUUAGUCACUAUCUGUGAAAGCACACCAAUAUCUACCUGCACAGAUAUUCUCAGUGAGAAUAUUAUUGAAAGACUAGGUUUCUCUUUCUUUUCCCUAUUUUUGUUCAUGCCUUAAUUGAGUUAAUAUGAUCUCAAGGUGCUGAAUGUCCUGCUGUAUGUUUACAACAAUGUAUCAGAGUAACAGUGUUUAUGCAUACUGUAUAUGGUAUGGCAAAUUAGCAGGUAAAUGCAAGCAUUCAGAUUCAAAGUUUACAGGCUGAACUUCCAGGAUACUGCACAAAAAAAAUUAAUCUGAUUUCAUUUAAGCACCAUAUUUUGGCAGAAUUUGUGGAGGUUAAACUUUAAGGCAUGAUUUUUUUUUCUGAAAUCAACUUUAAUUAACAGUUAUUAUGAAUAAGGCAAGGAUGUGUAGUUUUGUUUGGAAGUUUGCAUGUAUGACUGUAAGGGUAAAUGAGUGUGUGCGUGUCCAUGACUAUGUGCAAUAAAUCCUGAGCAAAGCAAUGACCCCUAGGAUGUGAACAAAAACAGAAUGUGAACACAGAAAUGUAGGUUUUCUACGAAUGGUUUGCAUAACAUGGAAGAAGGGAAAAGAAAAGGGACUUACUAUUAUUGUUAACAUCAAAAGCAAACUACCAGGAGCAAUUGUAACAACACAGUUCACUGUAAUACUACUGAUAUUGUAUCACUUCAGUUUUUAAAAGUGGAAAUCAAAAGGGCAACAUUUUGUGAAAAUGUCAUCAAAAUUGUGUCACUAAAGAUAAACGAGCAUUUUUAACCGCAGAAAUCCAUUAAAUCUGCCUUGGGACUUUACUUUCUGUUGGCUAUUUGAGCUCUUGAGGCAGUGUCACUGCUUUUGGCAGCAUUAAGGACGACUGCAAAAGCAGACAGGUGUCCUGGACAUAUUACAAUAUAUCUGUGUCUCUCUAUCUCCUCAGGGCUUUGUGUCUCAUAUCCAAACUUGCUGGAAAUGAAACAAUAAACCAGCCCUCAAUCUACUCUUGUAUAAUGGGUGUUACAGUAGGUAAAGAUUUAUGUCAUUACGUAGGAUACAGUACACUGAAAACUUUGUAUGGAAGAGCUUGGGCUUUGGGCUAUCUCCUUCAUUCAAACCUCUUUUACACUACUUGUGACCCAGACAGAUGACAAUAAUCGUUGUUCGUAUAUGUACAUUUUUCAGGGAUGUAAAUAUUUAAAGGUCUGGGUUUUAGUUAAAAAUAAAUCAUCACAAUCAUCUGCCGGACAGAAAAUUAGCCAUUGUGAUAAACUCUGAGCGAGUUGGAAAGUUGCUGUAAAGACAAGUAAUUGUAUUUGUGUUAAUACUGUAUGUGUGUACACUGUACUAUACAAUAAUGACCAAGUGUAUAGAGAAAAAAUAGUAUUGUAUAAGAUUUAUAAUAAGUGUUAUUGUAUAGAGAAGAAGAGAAUCUGUAAUAAAAAGGUGAUCUAUCUAAGAA